AUGCGCACCAUAGCCAUUCUCGCACUCCUGGCAUCAUCCGCCUACGCCUAUCUAGACAUCUACGACAUUCAGUAUGAGGCAUUCGGACCAACCGGUGACACCGGCUACGAUCUCACUCAGCCUGGCAUUCCCCUGAACUCCAACCAAAACAACGACUACUGUGGCCAGAUCACCUGCAACAAUGGCAAUGUUGUCAACUUGGCCAAUGGCCCUUGCACCGAAGUCGGCCGUGGCGACUUCUACGCCAAUCUCUAUGCCGGCACUGACCAGUCUAAUCUGGUCGGCACCUGCACUUGGAACUUCGGUCAAGCUUCUAAGACAUGUGGAAAUGCGGAUACCGGCGGCUAUGCACAGGAAGUCAUCAAGUGCGAUACUACUUACUGUUAG